AUGAACGAACCAUUCCAGAAGCCCAGAAGAUCGAUCAAAUCCAGGGAAGUUGGCUCCAGGUACCUCCAGACCACUCCAGCUUCACCCUCUCGUGACAUCAAUGGCGGCCACCCAUCUCCAUCCCCUGUUUCUCAAGCUUCAGCUUCCCCAGUCCGCACCAAUAAGUCCACCGCCGCCGCCGCCACCCGCAAGUCCCGCAAUCACGACGACCCGGCAUCCACUCGCGGCGGCGGCCUCCUCUGGCCUUCGUCCGCCGUCUCUUCCAACCCAUCGACCGAUAAUAGCGCCACCGCCGCUCACGGCGGAGUCAAGACCGCUAAAACUCUGGGGGAUCAUUUUCGGGGGAGCAAGAGAUUGAUUAACGAAGUCCUGGAAGAGAAGAAAUCAGACCCAGACAAGUUAUCAUCCGCCGCCGCCAACAGCGGGUUCUCCGCUCUGGGAAGACAGAGGAGCGGCAGAGAAGUAGCCAAGUGCGAGAGCGACAGAGCGAUUCAGUUUCAGAAGGAGAAUCACCGCCCCGGAGGACUCGGCGGCUCGUUCAGGUACGCCGGCGGGAAGCUCGGAUUCCGUGGAGGCAAUAAACCCUCUUCCCCUUCUUCUUCUUCUUCCUCCUCUUCGACUUCCACUUCGUCUUCUUCUUCCAAUACCCUUCUCUACACCAACGCCUGUUACGUCCCGGGGAGAUUCUCCGUCGACGAGAAUGCUCUGUACAAGAGCUCCCUCCCCGGAGCCGCCACCUCCCGCCGGCAAUCGGCCAUGUUCCCGGAGCGAAUCGACCAGGACGUGUGCGACUGGGCUGGAAAUUGCGCUGAAUUCGAAUGCUUCGACCCGAAGAUUGAAAACCCAGUUAGCAACCGAAGGAGAAAAUCAGGGAUCGAAGUUUCUUCCAAGUACUUGAACAACCUUACCCGACGGGGCCCCGACCCGAAAUCCGUACCCGGGUCGCCAGCCCUCGACGGCGGCUCGUCCCCUUCCCCAAACUUGUCCCCGAAGAGGCACAACAAGAAAUUGAGCAUCAAGGCAGGGUUCAGAAGGGCGCACUCGCUCACGCUCCCGGGCUCGACGGGCCCGUCGCAGUGGGCCCUGUCUCCGGGCCGGACCGGGUCGCCGCCCAUGACGGUGGAGAACAAAGAACGGCCCAUGUCGUUCUCCACGUGGAAGCCGCCGACGAGCCCGAAGAAGCAUGGGGGCAUGGAGAAAUUGCUGAGCAUGGGGCUUGAUUUCUUCAAGAGCAGCGCCAAAAUCAAGAGAAUUUCUUCUCCUUCCUCGACUUCUACCUCGACAUCAACCUCGAAUUCUUCUUCUUCCUCCGCCGCCUUCUCUACCUCGUCGUCGUCCAGUUCGUUGUUGGACAACGCCGAAACCAUCCAUCAGCUGAGAUUGAUCCACGGCAGGCUGCUGCAAUGGCGGUACGCCAAUUCCAGGGCUGAAACAACCAACGAGAAGUUGGAGAAACAAGCCGAGAGUGAUAUGGUAUUAGCGUGGAGCACAAUUGUGAGAAAGCGGCAGAAUGUUGUGAAGAUGAGAUUGCAGCUCCAGAGGGAACAACUGGAGGUGAAACUGGAAUCAAUUCUCCAUUGGCAAAUGAAUGCUCUGGAGAGAUGGGAGGAAAUGGAAAGGCAACACACUGCAGCAUUGUCGAAAACACAGGAAUCCUUGAACGCUGUGGUUUGCAGAGUUCCACUGAUCAAGGGCGCAAGGGUGAACGAGGAGCUGACUUCUCUGGCAUUCAGGCAUGCUACAGAUUUGACGAACUCCAUCAGAUGGGCUUUGAGCUCAUUUUCAUCUCCGGCCUAUGAGACGGUGGAGAUGGUAUCAGAACUGGCGAAAGUGGUUGCACAAGAGAAGUUGUUGAUACAAGAGUUCCACGAGAUUCAGCACACCAUAUCUGCGCUACAGGUUGAGGAAAGCGACUUGAAGGCUGCCAUAAUCCAGCUCACUUCUUUGCAGCUUUUGCAACAGCAUCACCAAAAGCAAGAAGAGCGGUGCUGA